CAAACCGACUCUGAAGAACACAAGCACGAUGCUCCCACUUCUUCUGGUUCUCCUUCCUACUGUUUACUCAGCGAGUCUGCUGUUAAAUUCUCCUAGUUCUUUCUUAAUAACAGGACCUUUCACCAAGGGCAUACUAAAGGAAAUAAAUGGAGAGGAACCAGAUAUGCAAAGUCUGAAUUACAUUUCUGAAAGUAAUUCUGCUGAAGACGAUAUCUUCAUUUUUUGUGAUCAGUCAUUCUCCCAGCCUGUAAAAGACUAUUUUCUACUCUUACAUGCCAUUGGCAUUACUCAUUUGAAGGUUUUUCUGCCAUGGCCAAAGCUGUUGCCGUCUGGUGAUGCUGGAGCUCCUGAUCUGGAUGCCAUAAAAUGCUACACAAAUGUCUUCAAACACCUGGCUAUGGUAAAUAUCAAACCUUUGGUGAUUUUGCACCACGGAAGCCUUCCUGAAUUCAUCACCUCCAAAUAUGGAGGAUGGGACAAUGAAAAAGUGAUCAGCAUUUUUAAAAGUUACGCAAAUUUUGCGUUUUCUGCCUUUGGAGAUUUGGUAGACACCUGGAUCACAUUCAUUGACCUUUAUGCUAUUUAUGAACCAGACGACAAGGGAAAUGCUUCUCUCAAAAAUAUGUUGGUUGCUCAUAAAGAAGUCUACGGUCUUUACCAGCAGAAGUUUAGCAACAAAGGUGGGAAGAUUUCAGUUGUAAUCAGUGCAGAUGAGAAUGAAUUUCUGUAUCAAAAGACAGUGACAGAGGAUGUUGUAGAUUUCUUGUCCGUGAACCUCAAAUUUGACUGCAGAUCUGGAGCGAAUCUUGAAACUGAAUUAUUAAAAAUACAGGGUAGUAACAGUGGAGGAAGACAUCUGCCUGUAUUAAUUUUUACAUUGAAUGCUGAAGAUUGUAAGAAAAGAAACAUUGAUGAACUGCAGCUAAUGGAAGUUCUUAAUCAAAAGGACAUACAAAUCCUGGGGAUAGAUAUUGGUAACCCUCCAGAUGUGCUAUCUAAUUUUAUCGGAAAAUCAAGAAGUGACAGCUUGCCUAGUCAAAGAAAGGAAACAAAAAAGAAGUCAUCUGACGAAUUCCAGGUUCCUUUCACUGGCACCAGCACCUCCGCCUCUUACCAGAGUGUUCUUGAUGCAUUCUCCAGAGAGUCAAUAUCCCAAAGAGACUCCUUUCUCAUUGGCAGCUUUCCAGAAGAUUUCCAAUGGGGCGUUUCUAGCACCUCUUUCAAGAUUGAAGGAGGGUGGGCAGAAUACGGAAAGGGGGAAAGCAUAUGGGAUAACUUUACACAUAAUGGCCUUGCCUUUAAAAAUCAAACAGCUGAUAUUGCCUGUGACAGCUACAACAAAAUUGACUAUGAUGUCUACCUGCUGAGAGGUCUCAAUGCAAAGUCCUAUCAAUUUUCCAUCUCCUGGCCUCGCAUUUUUCCUACUGGAUUUAGUGAUAGCCUAAAUCUUAAAGGUGUUCAGUAUUACAAGCAAUUAAUUGACUCCCUUUUGCAGUCCCACAUUAGUCCCAUCGUCACUCUGUUUCACUGGGACUUGCCCCAAGCACUACAAGAUCUGGGUGGAUGGCAGAAUGAAAAGAUUAUCGAUGCUUUUGCUGAUUUUGCAGAUUUUUGCUUUGCUACUUUUGGUGGGCAGGUGAAGGUGUGGAUCACUUUCAGCGAGCCCUGGACGAUCAGCACUGCUGGAUAUGCCACUGGCCAGCACCCACCUGGUAUUUCAGAUCCAGUUAUUGCUUCUUAUCAGGCUGCACACACAAUUCUUAAGGCCCAUGCCAAGGCAUAUCAUGUUUAUAAAGAUAAAUAUCAUUCCCUUCAAGGAGGAAUGGUAGGCAUUGCCCUGAACUCAGACUGGGCAGAACCAGAAAAUAUUUCUGAUCCUCUGGAUGUGGCAGCUGCAGAUCGAUACCUUCAGUUCAUGCUUGGGUGGUUUGCACAUCCUAUUUUUAUAAAUGGAGAUUACCCAGAUGUGCUGAAAAAUCAGAUACAGGAAAAGAACAUUCAGUGUUUGACAGAAAUGGCUAGGCUACCAGUGUUUACGGAAUCUGAGAAGAUAUACAUUAAAGGGACUUCUGACUUUUUUGGACUCAAUCAUUAUACAAGUCGUCUUGUGAUUGCCAGCGCCAAUAACUGCACAGAGGGACCUAGUGGAGUGGGUGACUUUUCAGACUAUGUGGAUCCUAACUGGCCAAAGACUGCAUCAUCCUGGAUUUAUGCAGUUCCUUGGGGACUUCGCAGACUUCUAAAAUUUGUUCAAGAGUCAUAUGCAGGAUUGGCUGGCAUUCCAAUUUAUGUUACUGGAAAUGGAAUGCCAACAGAAUAUAGUGGAGAUGUCAUCAAUGAUACACAGAGAAUGGAUUUUCUCAGUAGUUACAUUAAUGAAGCACUGAAAGCAAUCCACGAUGGAGUAAACCUGAAGGGAUUUACUAUACGUUCACUAAUGGAUGGGUUUGAGGGCCCCCAAGGCUACAGCGAAAGGUUUGGAUUACAUUAUGUCAAUUUUGAAGAUGGAAACAGACCCCGAACACCAAAAGAGUCAGCAUAUUUUUUUGCGGAAGUAUUAAAAAACAAUGGGUUUGAACCUAACAGUUCUAGGAACACAUUCCACUUACCUUUUCAGCCUUCCAGGCAGGAAAGGUUAUUUCCCCUUCCAGCAUCAGAAGUUCCAUCUAAUGCUAAAGUUGUCUGGGAAAAAUUUUCCAACCAGAAAACCUUUGACCGAGAUCUUUACCACUAUGGUACCUUUCCAGAAGGUUUUGCAUGGGGUGUGUCAUCUUCUUCUUACCAGAUUGAAGGGGGCUGGAAUGCAGAUGGAAAAGGGCUUAGUAUCUGGGACAACUUUACUCAAGUUCCAAAUAACACUGUAAACAAUGACAAUGGAAAUGUUGCCUGUGAUAGUUACAAUAAGAUAGACGAAGAUUUGUAUAUGCUAAGGGCUUUAGGAGUCAAAAUGUACCGGUUUUCCUUGUCCUGGCCACGAAUAUUUUCCAAUGGAACAAAACAAUCCCUGAACCCUAAGGGUGUGGCAUAUUACAACAAUCUGAUCAACAGCCUGGUUGAAUAUAAUAUCACACCAAUUGUGACACUUUAUCACUGGGAUCUUCCUCAGGACCUUCAAGACAUUGGUGGUUGGGAAAAUGAGGAACUUAUUAAUCUUUUCAAUGAAUAUGCUGACUUCUGUUUUCAGACAUUUGGAAACAGGGUGAAAUUCUGGAUGACUUUUAACGAGCCUCAAGUCAUUGCCUGGGCAAGCUAUGGGUUAGGUAUCUUCCCUCCAAAUGUGAAAAACCCUGGUUAUUUUCCAUACAACAUCGCCCAUAACUUGAUCAAAGCCCAUGCUAAAGCUUACCACACUUAUGAACAGUACAGAAAAGAACAAAGAGGUAUUGUUUCCAUAAGUCUCAAUACAGACUGGGGAGAACCAAAGUAUCCGAAUGAGCCCAGGGAGUUGGUGGCGGCAGACCGUUUUCUUCAGUUCCAGCUAGGCUGGUUUGCUCACCCUAUCUUUAAGAAUGGUGAUUACCCAGAAGCCAUGAAAUGGCAGGUUGGUAACAAAAGUGAGCUUCAGGGCUUACCUUCUUCUAGGCUUCCUGUAUUCAGUGAGGAAGAGAAGGCUUUCAUCCAAGGGACUGCUGAUGUGUUCUGCCUCAAUACCUACACAUCGAAAAUUGUAUACCACAGCACUAGAAGACUCAGACCUUACUCUUAUGAUGAUGACAGAGAUGUAUCUGAGGAAGUUAAAACAAACUGGCCUGACACAGCUUUGAAAGAGUUGAAAGCAGUCGCUUGGGGGUUGAGAAGGCUUCUAAAUUGGAUUAAAGAGGAAUAUAACAACCCAGAUAUUUAUAUUACUGAAAAUGGAGUAGGGACAGAAAAAAGGGUGACAGUAGAUGACACAGAAAGGAUAUACUUCUAUAAAACAUACAUCAACGAAGCUCUCAAAGCCCAUAAUCUGGAUGGUGUCAACCUUAAAGGCUACACAGCUUGGUCUUUAAUGGAUUCAUUUGAGUGGCUCAAUGGCUACAAUGUUGGGUUUGGACUACACCAUGUUGAUUUUAAUAAUCCUAACCGACAAAGGACACCAAAGCGAUCAGCGCAUUACUUUUCAGAAAUCAUCCGUAAGAAUGGGUUCCCGCUGCCUCAAGAAGAGCAAUUUCUCUAUGGAGAGUUUGAAAAAAACUUUGCCUGGAGUGUAUCAACAGCAUCAUAUCAAAUUGAAGGAGCCUGGAGAGAAGAUGGAAAAGGCCUCAGCAUCUGGGACACAUUUGCACACACUCCAUUGAAAGUGGGAAAUGAUGACAAUGGAGACAUCGCAUGUGACAGCUAUCACAGGAUAGAUGAAGACGUGGCAUUGCUAAAAAAGCUGGGGUUGACCCACUAUCGCUUUUCUAUCUCUUGGCCAAGAAUCCUUCCUGAUGGAACUACGAGCUUUAUCAAUAAAGCUGGGCUCAAGUAUUAUGAAAACCUUAUUGAUGCUCUUCUUGCUGCUAACAUUCAACCACAGGUCACAAUCUAUCACUGGGACCUGCCUCAGGCUCUUCAAGAUGUUAAAGGCUGGGAAAAUGACACCAUUGUGGACCGAUUUAAAGAAUAUGCCGAUGUCCUUUUCAGUCAUCUUGGGCACAAAGUCAAAUUCUGGAUUACCCUGAAUGAGCCGUACAACGUCGCCCAAAUCGGCCAUGGCUAUGGAACUGCAGCACCAGGAAUUAGUUUUCGGCCUGGAACAGCUCCCUAUAUUGUGGCACACAACCUAAUAAAGGCUCACGCUGAAGCCUGGCACCUGUACAAUGACACUUACAGAGCAAAGCAAGGAGGAAUCAUUUCUCUCUCAAUCAAUUCAGACUGGGCUGAGCCAAGGAACCCCUAUAAACAGGAGGACAUUGAUGCUGCCAGACGCUUUGUACAGUUUUUCAUAGGUUGGUUUGCUGAUCCAGUUUUCAAAAAUGGAGACUACAACGAAGUUAUGAAAACGAUGAUACGAGAGAGAAGUCUGGCUCAAGGCUUUGCAAAAUCUAGAUUACCAGAGUUUACAGAGGAAGAAAAGAGAAGAAUUAAAGGAACAUUUGAUUAUUUUGGAUUUAACCACUAUACUACAGUGUUGGCUUAUAACUUUAAAUAUGCCACUAUUAUUCAGUCAUACGAUGCUGACAGGGCAACAAAAGCUGAAACAGAUCGCAGCUGGUUAGGCUCAGGCUCCUUUUGGCUGAAAGUGACCCCUUUUGGAUUCAGAAAAAUCCUAAAAUAUAUUAAAGAGGAAUAUGGUAACCCCCCUAUAUAUAUCACAGAGAAUGGCAUUUCAGAACGCGGGGAAGUAGACUUAAAUGACGUCUGGAGAAAACAUUACUAUACCAGCUAUAUUAAUGAAGCACUAAAAGCUUAUAAACUGGAUGGUGCGGACAUUCGUGGCUAUACAGCCUGGACUCUAAUGGACAAUCUCGAGUGGGCUACUGGAUUUUCUGACCGCUUUGGUCUUUACUAUGUAAAUCGAUCAGAUCCUGCUUUGCCCCGUAUUGCCAAGCAAUCAGCAGAACACUACACCAGGAUUAUUCGCUGUAACGGGUUCCCCAAUGACAUGUGCUUGCAGCCAGAUUCAGAAGGUACCACUGUAGCCCCUACCACUGGUGUUGUCGAGAACACACUUCAGAGCCAAGUGAAAUUCUUAGGACUCAAGCUACAUACAGACAACGCUGAAAUUGGUCUCUACGUCUUAUUGGCCCUUGCUGUAAUCGGCACCCUGGCAUUUUCUUUUGUCUCCUACAAGUAUUUAAAAAAUAAGAAAAAGUCAAUAUCUAUAAAUCAGGACGUGGGUCUCAGUACAUUUUAAGUCUUUUUUUUUUUCAUUUGUUAAGAACAAACUGUAAAAAAUAUGCAUUUCUGUGACAUCUUAUAGUAUUACUGAAAUUAACAUUUAUUAUUGUUAUUAAAAUUGUUGUUUUUCUUUACUUUUUUAUGAGAACAUGAACAAAAAGUAUAACCAGGGACAAAAGCUUUAUACUUUUUAAAGGCUAUUAAAGUUUUGUUUGGCAGUACUUGCUUUUUUAUUAUUAAAAUGAAUUAAAUAUGAU